AUGCAAGGAAGCUUUCGGCGCUGCGAAUAUCGCACCAAUGCAGUUGUCAAUCUCCACCGGUGUGGCCAAAUUAACUUGUGGCUCCCGCGCUUUAAUGCGUCACUAGUAUUGUGUUUAGUGCCCCGUGCGCGUCAUGUGUCUACAGCACGAGUUAGAUCGUACUGGGAAGCGCCUGGA